AUUUUAAAACUCGAAAAUAAGCUAAGAAUAAAUUCCGUACCUAGAUAGUGAUUGUUUAUACUUUUAUAGUUUUACGAGCACUGUUUUAAGCAGUUCACGAUGGAUAAAUGGCUAAAACCUGGGAUUGCUAAGGGGAAACGUGGUGCUAGCUUUGUGGACAGUAAUGUAAAUACUUAUCAAUCUAAUCAAGCUUUUGACCAAGUCUCAUCUUCACCAGAAGGAGAGACAAUUGAAAAAAAAACGGAAAUUACCAGUGGUGCUAGUUGUUCAGGUAUUGGUACGGAAGACACUUUUGUUGAACAAAAUCAGCAAAACACAGUGAUACCAUCUACUACCGACCAUACUGAACGUCAAGCGGGAAUAUCUUCAAAAAAGAGAAAAUAUGAUGAGUCCUAUCUGUCCUAUGGAUUUAUACCGAUAGGGAAUGCUGAAAAUCCUGAUGGAAAAUGUGUUGUUUGCAGCAAGAUUUUGUUGAAUAGCUCCCUGGCACCUGCAAAGCUUAAGCGUCACCUUGAUACUAAUCAUCCUCACCUCAAAAAUAAAAACAUUAGUUUUUUUGAAAGACAAAGAGAUGUACAUCAAGCAGGUGUGACCGCUUUACAAAAAUAUGCAUAAACUGAUAAUGAA